AACAGCAACUUGUUGUGUGGGUGUGCCUCCUGCUGCCUACACGUGACCCACCUGUUACUGGGCGCUUCCCUCGACGAGCUCGCCCAGGAGACUGCGCGCGCACUCUCGACAAAUCAAUAUUUUGUAACGAAUGUACAGCAUCCUUUGUUUGUAGACAAAUUCACCCCAGCUUCCGACUGGAGCGCUCAUCUCAUCAACGGCAGAAGACUCGACGGGAACGCCAUGUCGACCUUUGUGUCCCAAGAGAGGCUGACCCAAGCCAUCGACGCGGUGGUCCGCGAGGCGGGGGAAAGGAACCCGGGGGGCGACCCGGAGAAGGUGGAGAUGCAGAUCGUGCUGAAAACCCCCGACGUGCUGGACAAGCGGCCCUUGAAGGUGUGCGUGCUGGGCGACCAGCAGCACUGCGAGGAGGCGCGCGGCCUCGACGUGCCGUGCAUGGACGUCGAGGCGCUGGAGAAGCUGAACAAGAGCUGUAAGCUCGUGAAGAAGCUGGCCAAGAAGUACGACGCGUUCCUCGCUUCCGAGUCGAUCAUCAAGCAGAUCCCGCGCCUGCUGGGGCCCGGGCUCAACAAGGCCGGCAAGUUCCCCAGCCCGCUGUCCCACCAGGAGUCCCUGUCGCAGAAGAUCGAGGAGAUGAACGCCGGCGUGAAGUGCGAGCCGCAGAGGGAGCUGCGCGUGUCGCUGUUGGUCGGGCGCUCGGACAUGGACGCGGACGAGCUGACGCGCAGCAUGUGCGAGUCCGUGGUCAACCUGCAGGCGCUGCUGAAGAGGGAAUGCAGGGACGUGCGCCCGCUGCAGAUGCAGGCGCAGUCCGGCACGCCGCAGCGAUUGUACUAGCCAUAACGUGCGAUCCGAUACAAUUGUCUAAUACACUUGUAAUAUGUAUUUAUCCAGAAAAUAAAUAGUUUAUCUGUAAA